AUGAGCAAAGCUGCCAGUUCAACAAGUGGCUGUUUGGAUAUUUUAAAUGUCAAAUCCAGUCGGAUUCUGGAUAUCCCGUGUAAAGUGUGUGGAGACCGAAGUUCAGGGAAACACUACGGAGUUUACGCAUGUGAUGGAUGCUCCGGAUUCUUUAAAAGGAGCAUAAGGAGAAACAGAACAUACGUCUGCAAAUCCGGCACUCAGGGAGGCUGCCCGGUGGAUAAGACGCACAGGAACCAGUGUCGCGCGUGUCGCUUAAAGAGAUGCCUGGAAGUGAACAUGAAUAAAGACGCCGUGCAGCAUGAGAGAGGCCCGAGGACGUCGACCAUCCGCAAGCAAGUGGCGCUUUACUUUCGGGGCCACAAGGAAGUGAACGGAUCUUCGUCACACUUUCCCAACACGUCCAUCCCGGGGCUGCACUUCUUCACCACAGUCACUCAACUCGAGACUCAUAGUCUGGAAUUAAACACGCUACCGAGCACACCGGAGCGCCAGGGCAUGGUGGGGCUCGCACAACCCACUCCUAAAUAUCCACAUGAAGUCAAUGGCACACCCAUGUAUCUGUACGAAGUGGCCACGGAGUCUGUGUGCGAAUCAGCCGCACGCCUCCUGUUUAUGAGCAUCAAAUGGGCCAAGAGCGUUCCCGCUUUCUCCACACUCCCUUUACAAGAUCAGUUGAUCCUGUUAGAAGAUGCCUGGAGAGAGCUGUUUGUUCUGGGUGUAGCACAGUGGUCCAUUCCAGUGGACUCAAACACUCUGCUUGCUGUUUCAGGGAUGACCACAGAAAACACGGACUCCCAGAGGUUAAACAAGGUGGUCUCAGAGAUCCAGGCUCUGCAGGAAGUGGUGACGCGUUUCCGGCAGCUGCGACUGGAUGCGACGGAAUUUGCAUGCCUCAAGUGCAUUGUUACCUUUAAAGCUGUUCCAACGCACAGCGGUGCCGAACUGAGGAGUUUUCGAAAUGCCAGCGGAAUUGCGGCGCUCCAGGACGAAGCACAGCUCACGCUCAACAGCUACAUCCACACCAGGUACCCAACUCAGCCAUGCCGCUUCGGGAAGCUGCUGCUGCUUUUGCCCGCGCUGCGUUCAGUCAGUGCGUCGACAAUCGAAGAAGUGUUCUUCAGGAAGACGAUCGGAAACGUGCCCAUCACGCGGCUUCUCUCUGACAUGUACAAAUCAAGCGACAUUUAAGCUCUUUCUCUUCCAACUAAGAGGACUCUGCAAAAGUGACAAUGUAGAAGCACAGAAACGACGUACUGUACCAAAAGGAACGGCUUUAAGGAAAACAUCUGGAAACAUCAUCUACAGCAGACAGCGUUAAAAAAGGAAACGCUGGAGAAACUCUAUGCUGUAAAGACUGGUGGCUGAACUGAAGUUCUGUUCAGUGUUGAGAAAAAAAUGUUACACUGUGGACUACAGGAUACUUUGUGACUAAUUUCCAAUCUAAUCUUUUCCAAUCUACUUAUUGAGAUAACCUUCUUGAUUGA